CUCAGUUCACCGAGACCUUGUCCGAAAGCGCGAGACUGUUUGUUUCGAAGCGUAAACCUUCGCAGUCGCACAUCGCUUCCAUACCGGGACUGUACGAAAAAUCUACUAAAAUGCCGUCAGAAAAAUCAGUAUACUAUCCGGAUCCUACGGUAACCAAAAACGCGUUCGUUUCGAGUUUAUCUCAAUAUAAAGAUAUGUACCAAGCAUCUAUUGAUAAUCCGGAUGAAUUUUGGGGGAAUAUUGCUAGACAAUUCCAUUGGGAAACACCUAUAGACUACGACAAAUUUUUUAGAUAUAAUUUCGAUAUAACCAAAGGACCUAUAUUCACUAAAUGGAUGGAUGGAGCUACGACGAAUAUCUCUUAUAAUUUGUUGGAUAGAAAUGUAAGAAAUGGUCACGGUGACAAAGUGGCUUUUUAUUGGGAAGGUAAUCAUCCAGAAGAUUACAGUAAACUAACCUACAAAAAACUGUUAGAAGAAGUAUGUAGAUUUGCGAAUGUUCUCAAAAGCAAAGGAAUCCAAAAAGGCGAUAGGGUCGCUGUAUAUAUGCCUAUGAUAUUAGAAGCUGUGAUAACAAUGCUAGCGUGUACUAGAAUAGGAGCGAUACAUUCCCUAGUAUUUGCAGGAUUUUCAGCAGAUUCUUUUGCCGAAAGGAUAUUAGAUUGUGAAGCUAGGGUGCUAGUAACUGCAGAUGGAGCAUGGAGAGGAGAAAAAUUAUUACAUCUCAAGGCCAUUUGUGAUCAAGCUAUGAUUAAGUGUUCUCAGAAAGGUCACAAUGUGGAAAGUUGUGUCGUAGUGGCGCAUUUAGGCAGGGUGACUUCACCUCAAGGUUCUGUUUAUAACAGUAAUAAGACGCCCAUGACUCCAGGACGAGAUGUGUUCUGGCAAGAUGUAGUUCCUCAAGCGUCUACCAGCUGUUAUCCAGAAUGGAUGGAAGCUGAGGAUCCGCUCUUUAUGUUGUAUACCAGUGGGUCGACUGGUAAACCGAAAGGAGUAUUGCACACGACAGGAGGCUAUAUGAUAUAUGCUGCCACUACUUUCAAAUACGUUUUUGAUUACAAACCUAAUGAUGUGUAUUGGUGUACUGCCGAUAUUGGUUGGAUUACUGGACAUACGUACGUCGUAUACGGACCUUUGGCGAACGCAGCAACAUCAGUAUUGUACGAGGGGACUCCUUUCUAUCCUGAAAACGAUCGCUUUUGGUCGGUUGUGGACAAAUAUAAAGUCAGCCAAUUUUACACAGCACCUACUGCUAUUAGAGCUUUGAUGAAAUUCGAUGAAAAUCUGGUUACAAAGCACGAUCUUUCGACGUUAAGAGUUCUGGGAUCCGUAGGAGAACCUAUCAAUCCUGAGGCCUGGUUGUGGUAUUACAGAUUCGUUGGAAGAGGAAGAUGUUCUAUUGUAGACACAUUUUGGCAGACAGAAACUGGCGGACACGUUUUGACUCCAUUACCAGGAGCCAUACCUAUGAAACCUGGAUCAGCUGCCGUGCCCUUUUUCGGAGUACAACCAGUUCUAUUGGACGAAGCAGGGAAAGAAAUAAAGGGCGAAGGUGAAGGUUACUUGGUUUUCUCACGUCCGUGGCCUAGUUUGAUGAGGACUCUCUUUAAUAAUCACGAUCGAUACGAAACGACCUAUUUCACGAAAUUCCCGGGAUAUUAUUGUACUGGAGAUGGUGCAAGAAGAGAUGCUGAUGGUUACUUAUGGGUAACGGGCCGUGUAGACGAUAUGCUAAAUGUAUCUGGUCAUCUUAUGUCCACAGCGGAAGUAGAAUCCAUCUUGACUGAACAUCCUUCGGUAGCAGAAGCUGCAGUGGUAGCUAAACCUCAUCCGGUAAAAGGAGAAUGUCUUUAUUGCUUCGUGACAACAACAGAAGGUGGCGUAUUUAACGAUCAACUUGUAAAAGAAAUUAAACAAAUUGUGAGAGAAAAGAUAGGGCCUUUUGCUCAACCUGAUAUUGUACAAAACGCACCUGCUUUACCUAAGACCAGAUCUGGCAAGAUCAUGAGGAGGAUAUUGAGAAAGAUUGCUUUGAAUGAUAGAGAUGUUGGUGAUAUUAGUACUUUAGCCGAUAGUACUGUUGUUGAAGCGUUGUUUGCUUCAAGGCCACAAGGUGUCUAAAAUGACCACAUUAUAUUAACGUGUUUAUUCUAGUCCUAGAAAAGAUGUACACAAUGGUAUUUUGAAGUAAUUCUCAUAUAAUUUAAAAAAUAUUUGUAAUAAUUUCUGACUUUUUUUACCCGUUUUUAUCGGGGAACAAUUAACCUAGGAGUGCUCAAACAAUUCCAAAAAUGUCCAAUUAACUACUUUAACUACCUCAAUGUUUUUUAUGUAUAAUCAUAUAUAGCGGAGGUUCUACAGGGGGUCCUUGGCCAUACUUUUCUGUCUAUCCACUCGUUCCUUGGAGGUUUUUUUCAUCUUUUUCUAUUCUGUGGUUGAUAAUACAUCAAUGCUUUCUUCAGCCACCUAUUCUGCUCCAUUUUCAAUAUAGGUCCUUACCAGAGCAGUUGUUUAGUUCGUAUUAUCUUUGAAGUCGUGUAUAUUGGACAUGUUCUUCGUCGUAAAUCUUCAUUUCGUAUAUGAUCUUUUCUGGAUAUCCUGCUCGGUCUUCUUAACUAGUCCAUUUCCAGCCCUCGCAACCACACGUUAAAAUGUGCUCUAAUAUGACUUUGUAUAUUGUUAUUUUUGUGUUUAGGUUAAUUUUUUCUGACCAAAACAAUGAGUUCAGAAAUUGUGCAGCUUUUUUCCCUCGUCGCACUCUAUUUCUUACAUCUUCUUUCGUUGUUCCAUCUUCCUAGAUGUUUGAAUUAUCUGCAUGGUUUAUUUAUUUGCAGUUCGUGGUCUUCUUGGGUGCGUCCAACCGGCAGAUAUUCUGAUUUUGACAUACUCAUAUUGAAACCCCAAUUUUCUUAGUAUAUAAUCUGCAUCGCUCUAAUCGCAAGCUGUAAUAACUUGGUCGUCUUCGAAAAAUAGAGUUAUUAACCAUUUAUACUCUAUCUCAAUUCCCAUUCUCGUAAUUUUAGUUUUCCAAUUACUUAGAGUUUAAAACCUUUCGAAUGCGAUAAAUUUUCCGUAAUUGAGCCAAAUAGAGUUGACAGCUUCCCAAAUCUAAUCUCAAAGUUUAAAAGAUAAUCAAGGAGUUACUACGACUAAACAGUCUGCGAUUAGUUGAAGAAAAAAAGCGUUAAGCAAAAUAUGAACCACAAAAAAAGAGAAUUAGAAUUGUGUAGCAGAGACAACAAUCAAGACAUGCAGUAAAGUCAAAAACAUAACCUCGAAAUGCGAAACUUUUUAUAGUGAGGACUCCUAUGAUAAGUUAAGUUUCAUAAAACUGUUCUACUUAUAUAGUAUCAAUCAAAAUAAUGUAUAAUGAUAUUAUCAUUUGAAAAUAUUUCAAGUUUUUGAGAAUUAUAUGAGAAUAACGUUUUGUUUUCUUUAAAUAAUUUUUAUACAGCCAUAAUGGCUGAAAAAUUGGCUUGUGGAACAAAUCUUCUUUCAUAGAGGUGAAGCUUGUACUAUGAAAAAAAAAGAGUUAAAGUUAUAUGUUUAAUACCCUACUUCAAGAAAAGUGUAUGAAUUAAUGUAUAAACAUAAUUUAGGUUAACUUUUUCAGUAAAUAUUUGUUGAUCUUUACCAUCAACUAUGAGUUGAAGAAGUCAGUACUUUCGGCCUCUUACUAUGUGACCUAAAUAGGCAGAAUUUCUCUGCCUUUUCCCAUUCUUCUCAGGAUCUCUUUAUUUUUCACUUGCCAGUCCACUCCAACUCUUCCAAUUUAUUUAUCUCUGAUUUUUCAAACGUCCAUGCUUCCAUACCAUGAAGCAAUAACCGUUCCAAUGCAGCCCCAUCUGCCAAGGUCGAUUGUGUGCAGUAAAUCCUGCUAAUUGCUAUGUCAUCGAAGUAUAAAAGUUUACGAAGGGUAAGUUUAUUAUUACUCUUGGAGUAGGGUAGAAAUAUAUACUAGAACUCCUUUGAAGUGUAACCUCUUUUAAUAAAUAAUCAACUUAUUUAUAGUGAUAAUAUUUAAAUUUAAGUAUGAACCCUUUUUGGCAGAAAUUAUGAAGAAAAUUACAUCUGUAAGUAUACGUAGGGUAAAUAUAGACUAUUUAUAAACAAAUACCUUUUUUAAAAUUUUCUGUUUUGAACAAACUUAUUUAGAAGAAAUUUUGGAUUCAAGCUUGUUAGAAAGAUGGUGGGAUUCGAAGAAACUUUGUUGGUAUUUUGUGCGAGUUCUAUUGAUUUUAUUUGAAAAAAAAAAAAAUUAAGUAACACUCUAAUCAACGAUGAUUAUGCAACGUAUAAUUAUUUCGAAAUAGUUUGUAAAUAGACCGAAGUAAAAUUCUUUAGAAAUAAUAGAGAGUGAGAAAAAUAAUAGUAGGAUGAAACCUAUUGGAAAAGGAGGAGAUUAUAAUAAAAAUGAAAGGUAGAUAAUUUACGGGCGAUCUGAGCUCGGGGUGGGAAAGGGGGUGAGUUGUUAAGGGUAAAAAACGGUUUAUCUCGAUUUUCUGCAAAACUAUGGAAAAUAAUGUGGAAGCAAAGUUGUAGGUAAUGAGAAGAUUUACAACUUUUGUAUUCUCACUUUUUUCACAUAACCUCAAAAAUCAUGUGAAAAUCUAGUUUGUAAUUAUUAUCUUUUACAAAAAACAUUUUUUUUUCACGAAAUUUUGUGAAAAGUUACCUUUUCAUGUCUCGUUUACACUGUAAUUGAUUGAAAUAUUUAUUUUUUCACGUUAUUUUGACAUAAUAUCGUAGAAGCACCCUAAUUUUCGAACGAAAAUUCUCCCAUUAAAAUAUCACCUUUUUUUAAAAAGUCAGUGAGAUUUUUAUUCGUUGAAAUCUCUACUUUUCGAUGAUGUAAAAAAAUAUUACCAUCACCAUGGUGAACUUUCUCAGAAAAACUGGGAAAAAAUUGGGGUAAUUAUACACUUUCGCGGUCACCUGGUUUUUUGGCUCUAGAAAAUCGAAAAAUGGAUGGAUCUAAAUGAUCUUGGUCUCAAAAUGUUCCAUUUUACGGCGGAUUUAUAAAAAAAAUACGAAAAUUAAAAAAAAAUGAAUAUUUUUUACAAUUUCAUGACUUUAAAUACAAAAAAAAAGACAUUUCUACAUAUAAUCCUUCGUAAUUGUUUCUGACGUCGUGGAAUCAAGUUCGUAUAUUUUUUUUCGCAAUUUACAUAAAAAAAUGAAUAAUUGUGAGUUGUGGGAUUUUGUUAAUAAUAAAUUGAAAUAUAUUGACAAUGAGUUGCAACAAUUGUGAAUUGAAUACAUUUGAAGCACUUACAAUAUUCAGUGAUACAAAACAACCUAACCUAACCUAACCUAACCUAACCAAAAUUAUAAAAUUUAUCUAUUUUUCGAUUUUUAAUGGUUCAAAAACUAUUAACAUUGAAGAAUAUAGUACGAAACUAUUCACAAAAAUUGAUUGUUUUUCAUCGAUUUCAUUUUAAGCUAUAAAAACUGAAAAAAUCAUUCUUUUUGGAUUUUUUUUUAAAUUGUUUAUUAAUUGAUGUAGAAUACAAAAAAAAAUAUAAGAACUUUAUCUGAUAAUGAGAUAAUUUUUUGUAAAGGAUUAUUUUGCAAAACCGUUUUUUUUACGAUUUAAAACAGUAAAACUAUGAGAAAUUUUCAUUCGAGCUAUUUCUACUAAUUUUUUUUAUAAAGCCGCCGUAAAAUGGAACAUUUUGAGACCAAGAUCAUUAAAAUCCAUCCAUUUUUCGAUUUUCUAGAGCCAAAAAACCAGGUGACCGCGAAAGUGUAUAAUUACCAAAAUUGGCAUCCGAAAAUUAAUUAUGUACAAUUUUUAGAUAUUUAUUAAAAUUUUACACUCCAAUUACUCAUGUUUAUCAAUGUUACAUAGAAUCUCAAGUUUUUCGUGUAAUGAGAGUGAAAAAUUUUAAUGAAUAACUAAAAUACAUAAUGAUGAAAAAAAAAGUUUUUUUCUGUCUUGUUUUUUGACUUUUUGAGAAAAUUUACCAUGGUGAUGGUAAUAUUUUUUUAGAUCAUCGAAAAGUAGAGAUUUCAACGAACAAAAAUCCUACUUAAUUUUUUAAAAAAGCAGAUUUUUUGACGGCAGAAUUUUCUUUCGAAAACUAGAGUGCUUUUUCGAUAUUAUGUCAAAAUAACAUGUAAAAAUGAAAUGAAACGGGUGAAAUGUGUUUUGUAAAAGAUAAUAAUUACAAACGGAAAACUUUUGUGAAUUUUUCACAUGAAUUUGGAGGUUAUGUGGAAAAAAAGAAAAUAUAAAAGUCUUUGCUAUUCGGCUAACAAGAUAAACUAUUUUUACCUUUAAAACUCACUUCCCGACCUUAGUUCACCCUCAAAAUAUUUUUCCUUUCUUUUUUAUCAUAUUCUCCUCAUUUUACAAUGGAUUUUAUCUUAUUAUUAUUAUUUUUUUGGUUUCAAAAUUUAUCGACCCUAGUCUAAAAAUGCAAAUAUUGUAAAUCUUAAUGGUAGUUUUAUAGAUUAUAUAUUUAGUGUCAAAUAUAUUACAACUUUGAAAGAUAUGUAACAGAUGAUAUUAUAUAAUAAAUGUAAAGUCUCUAGAAGGUUUUUUUUACCGAAAAAACUUUUUAAAAACUAAAAAUAUUGAUCUAGUCUAAACAAACAUUAAUAUACAAAUGAUUAUUAACAAUAAAAGUUAUAAUGAAAUUGUUAUUACAUAUUACGAGGUGAAUAUUUUUAUACACAAUAAAAAAUUAUUUUUUUAAACUACACAAUGAAUUAAUUUAGUUAUAAUGAUGACCGAUAUGUUGUUGAAAAAAUAUUUUUGUGUAUAUUUCAAAAUAUCAAAAUAUAUGUGAAGCUUCUUAGAUGUUUUUAACUUAAAAUUAAAUGAUAAUUUAUCGUUAAUAUCAUGUGUGCAUAUGGAAAUAAUUGGUAGUAUUAAAAACUUCAUUGUAUUGACAAAACGCCUUCAUUAAAACAUAUCAUUUCACCGAAAUCACAAAAUAAAGGUCUUGUUGAAA